AUGUCUUCAACCACCCGGGCAUGGCAAGUUUACCAAAACGACACCUCUAAAAACUUCAAAUCAGCAUGCGCAGCCAACCUUGUUCUUAAUGACAUCCCCAUUCCAACACCGGGCCAAAACUCGGUCUUGGUCCGUAUCCACGCCGUAGGCAUCAACUACCGCGAUGCCAUGGUCGUUGCCGGCGGCUACCCUCUUACAACUGCCCCUGGUUUAGUACCUUGCUGCGACGGUAAGUUCAUUCUUCUAAUUCAAAGCCCUUGUUCUCGCAGUUUCUAGACUUGAGACACUCCCCAACUUUGUUGGUGGUCUUGAUUAUUCCUAUAUCUCCGUACUCUCUAAAUAAACUUGAGUUGUUUCUGACUCCUCUUUCCGGGGUUUAGGGGCUGGAGAAGUCAUUUCAGUAGGACCCAAUUCUGUAUGGGCUGUCGGUGAUCAUGUUAUUCUCAAUCAAAGCCCAGAUUGGAAGGGUGGGGAUAACGAGGGAUGGAGAUGGACCAAUAUCCUCGGAGCGGGCGUUGUUCAAGGGAGCUUGACCCAGUAUAAGGUUCUGCUGGAUGAUUCGUUGGUUAGAAAGCCGAAGAAUCUUAGUUGGGUGGAAGCGGCAUCUUUGAGCUGUGCUGGAGGAACGGCUAUGAAUACUUUGGAUAGUAUACCUGCCAUUAAGGAAGGGACGACGGUUUUGACGCAGGGUACUGGCGGCGUCAGUUCGUUUAUAAUUCAGGCAUGUGGUUUCCUCGAAUUGAAUGGGUCUUACUCGGUCAUUAACGAACCUUUCUAGUUUGCCGCAGCAUUGGGGGCCACGGUCAUAGCCACCUCAUCCUCAGACGCCAAACUCCAAGAAGCGAAACAACUAGGAGCAUCCGAACUAAUCAAUUACAAGACCCACCCAGACUGGCACACAGAAGUCAAGCGCCUCACGAACGGGCGGGGAGUGGAUCUCGUCGCCGAUAUGGGUGGUGCCUCAACGAUCGAGCAAAGUAUUGCUUGCCUUCGUCAAGGUGGAACAGCUGCCCUAGUCGGCUUUUUAGGUGAACAAAAAGAGUCAAAUUUGAUAUUUCCGCUUGUUGAGAGGGCUAUAACUUGUAUGUUUCUUCAGUCCCCUUUGAAAAUUCAUAUAAGGGGUUCUUUUAGACUAAUUUGUAUCCGAUUAUAGUGCGAGGCAUUCUAGCCAUGAGCAGGCAGAACCUUCUUGAUAUGGUAGAGCUAAUCGAGAAGAAAGAUCUACACCCACCAAUUGGGGAGGUUUUUGAGUUUGAAGACGCGAAGAGUGCCUUUGCGAAAAUACUCAAGCAAGAUGUUCUUGGGAAGAUUGUGAUUAAAGUCGAAUAG